GCGCUCAUGUGCAUUUAAUAUCAAAAAAAUUACACGAUCCGCCACUCUUAUUCCGAGAGAGCCCAUGGUUCCCCAACGUGCCGCAGCCGCAAUUCAUCAGAGUCUGUUCGUAUAACAUCAUACUUUUAUCAAUUUUUUAAUGCUACAAAUCCAGCAUCAGACAGAGGUUUCGGUAAGAAUAUUCAAGACUGAAGAAAAGGAGUUGAAUCCUCGCUGAGAGAAAUGGAGUUUGGUGUUGGUGAUGUAGCCCAAAUAUCAGCAGAGCUAGCACGUGUCGUUGAAAUAAUGAUGUCUCCAGACGUUCCGCAUCAACAACGAUUGGACGUUUACAAUGCCUGCGAGAGAUUCAAGGAGACUUCACCACUUUGUGCUCAAUGUGGUUUAUAUCUCGCCCAAAUAUCACCAAAUAAUAGUUCAGUGGUACGUCACUUUGGUCUUCAACUGAUGGAGCACUGCAUCAAGUAUCGCUGGACACAGAUAUCUCAGAGUGAAAAGGUAUUUAUUAAGGAGAAUUCUAUGAAACUGCUGCAAGAGGGAAUGGAAAAUGGAGGACUCCAAGAGGAAACACACAUUAAGGAUGCCAUGUCUCGGGUAAUUGUAGAGAUGAUAAAAAGGGAAUGGCCCCAGCAGUGGCCGACUUUGUUAGCUGAACUGAGUCAGGCUUGCACACGAGGUGAGGCCCAAACUGAAGUUGUUCUCCUCGUUUUUCUUCGCUUGGUAGAGGAUGUUGCACUGUUACAGACACUUGAGUCCAAUCAAAGACGAAAAGAUAUUUAUCAGGCACUCACCACCAACAUGGCUGAGAUCUUUGCAUUCUUCUUGAGACUCAUGGAGCAACACUUCUCCGAGUUUCAGAAGAAAACGGCAAAUACAUCGAAUAUACAGGACCAAAAUUGAUAAAAGUCGCUUAUCCAGUUAAUCACAAUCACAAUAAUGAUUACGGUACUGUCAACGGAAUGACAGCCUAUUGCCUGAGUGAUUAUGACUCUGAAGAGGAGUUCCUAGUAUUUCUCCAUCGUUUUCGAAUGGAUUUACUGGAGGGUGUACGUCAUGCAACAAUGGUAGCUCCAUUAGUAACUUUCGCCUACGUUCAACACUGGUUGACAGCAAAGAUAACCAAAGGAAUGGUGAAUCUGCGGUAUAAAAGUAAUCCAAAUGAUCCAGAGUAUUUGGAGUGGGAGGCACUUGCACAGGCGCUUGACUCUGUUAUCUCCAGAAUUCUUCUGGUGAGUGAACGACCGAGUGUGCAGAAUGGUCUUCAGCUCCUUGAAUUAUGUCUCAGCUACUCCCCAGAUGAUCCCUGGCUGCUAUCAGCACUUUUAUCCUGCAUCUCUGCACUAUUUGUAUUCUUAUCGAUGUCUACUGGAUCUAUGGCGAUGCCAGGUGUUGCCAUACUGCCCCGAGUACUUGAGAAAAUUUUCUCAGCUCUUGUCUAUGAGAGUCCCGAGGACAGAAAACUCUCAGGACCAGGAAAUCGUUCCAAAGCAACCAAGUGUGUUAGGAGACAUGCUGCGAGUCUGAUGGUUAAAAUUGGUCUGAAGUAUCCCCUCCUUCUUUUACCUGUCUUCGAGCAGAUUCAUACGACUGUCAGAGGAUUAAUGAGAGUUCAUAAUAAUAGAAAUGAGGGAAAAAAUACUUCGAGUCAGUUAACGAGGAUGGAAAGUGUGGUGCUUCAUGAAGCUCUCUUGAUAAUCUCUAAUCAUUUUUGUGAUUAUGAAAGACAGACUCGAUUUAUCGCUGAAAUCAUUGGAGACGCCUCUCCCAGAUUCAUAGCCAUUGGCCUUGAGGCUUUUAAAGGACCUGUUGAGUUGAUGAGGUUCAUAGGACUAGAUAGACCAGCAGUGGCUUCCGACAAUAAGAGCACUGAGCAAGAGAUAAUUAUUCAGAACAGAGCGGACUUGAUGUAUUGUCUUUCUACUGUUCUCAGUGUCGUCAAACGUUGUUCCAUCCCUGAAGAUCCUGAUCGUGCUGCUCGGGGUGGAUUUGUUGCUGCUUUGAGUGAAAGCGGAAAUCCAGUCUACCGGAAUCCAGCUGCUCCUCACAUCAUCCCCAUUUUACCUACUCUGUUCGCUCUACUGAGAGCCAUCAAUGCAUUUUUUACACCAACUGCAUUGACGUUAUUGGCAGAUGAUUAUAAAAAGGCACAUGAUCUCCUGGAGAACGAGAAGAUUCAUCUUAUGGGAAUUACAGUUUCCAAUCUGCAGGCUAAUAAUCUUUACCAGCAUCCAGCGGAACAGUCGAAUUCAGAUCACAACGAUCAAUCCUCAACUCCUCCACUAUCAAGAAUGCAACAAUUUUUGUCAUCAAUCCACGAUAACUGUUAUCACAUGCUUGGUAGUGGUUGCCACACACUUGGCAGAGAUUUCUAUCAAUUGCCUGGGCUUGCACCAGCGCUACUCAAUUCCGUUUUUUCUAACAUGGAACUCAUCCCUGAUUAUCGACUGCGCCCAAUAAUCCGAGUUUUUUUGAAGCCUUUCAUUUACUCGUGUUUACCAGCUUUUUACGAGAGUGUACUGGUACCGAUAUUGACACAUGUCUCGACACACAUGUGCCAGAGACUGAGUGCAAAGUGGCAGUACUUGACUAGACUGCAUGAGGAAAGGUAUGGCCAUGACGACGAUAAUCCAACGGAUGCACAGGAAGUCCUCGAUGAUAUGCUCAAUAGAAAUUUAACGAGAGACUUUGUAGACGUAUUGAAGGUGACUCUAGUUGGAGGAACAACGAGUGAUGCUGCACCUCCUGAUUCUACCAUGGAUGACAGCUCUGGAAUGGCUGUCGAUCAGAUUACACCGUCUCCAGCUGUCAGAGGGAACAGCAUCGUUGCUGAAGUUGUCAGUGAGCUUGGGGCUUUUGUUCUGAGGCAUCCUUCGACGUGUCACAGUAUUGUUCUCUGUGUACUUGGAGCAUUGUCGUGGAAUGACUCCAAUGCUAGUCUUAAAGCUACUAUGCUGACUGGACCCAUCGUGAGAGCACUGGUGGCUGAUGGCAGUCUCACUCCAGCUAUGGCUGCUCAUAUUAUGGUUGCCGUACUUCAGGGGCUUCAGCUGCAUGGACAGCAUGAGGCCAAUCAGGGAUCACUGAUAACUCUGGGGGCUCAGGUUUACGAGUGCCUCAGACCCAAAUUUCCUAAUAUUAUUCAGGUCAUGCAGCAGAUCCCGGGAGUAAAUCCCGCUGAUCUGCAGAGGUUUGAUGAGAAGAUGGCCACAGUCAGCAGCAAAGGAAAUAAGGUCGAGAAGGGGAAGAAAGAGUUGUUCAAGAAAAUUACUAAUCAGUUAAUCGGUAGAAGUGUAGGACAGUUAUUCCGGAAAGAGAUAAAAAUAGAUAAUUUACCCCGUCUCGAAGUAAGUAAACCACCGCAGAUGCGUACUGAUGAAUUAUCGAAGAAUGCAGCAGAUACAGGUCUCACAGCACUUUUUGCUGGCUCCACGUAGCAGUGUCUCAUUGACAGCCGUACUCUCCACGGUUGGUCAAACUCAAUCACCAAUUACAAUCUAUUAUAAAUCUUGACAGCAUGUCCUAUUAUUAUUACGCUGCACAGUGUAAAUUGAUACUAAGGAUAAACGUCGAACAAGGACAUUACAUUGCUUUUGUUUCCAAGUCAUCGAACCCAGUCAGAAAUUAGUGCGGACGAUAAAAUAAACAAUCGAAAUUCCGGUGAAAUUGUGUUCGGCGUUGCAGUUACGUUAUAAAAUGUUAAACGCUAGACUUUUGUCUUAUUUAUUUUGUUAAAAAAAGAAAAUUCAUCAGAAACAAAAACAAAAAAAAAUAUCAAAAAAAUGUUGUCAUUCAAGUUUAUUAAUUUAUCAUUUAGAUGCUUUUAUAUUCUUUUUUUUUUGGUUGGAAUAUUGGAAGAAGUUAGAAGAGUUGUAGUAUAUCUGUUAUGCUCUGAAAUGCUAACAACAUAGUUGUUGAAAAAAAAUUUUUUCCAGUGCAGGGACGUUCUGGUCCCUCCUAGCCAAAAUUCACAGUUUUUU